UAUGCACAUUUUAGCCCCCAUUUAUAUAAGGGGAGUGGGGGUGGAGUGGAGGGUUAAAUUAUCCUCCCGUUACGAUAGCUUGCAGUGGCGAUGCCUUGCAGGUAUUUGCAGACACGCCACCCAUUGGAUACUUGUCCUGGCUAAUACACAAUGUACACUCAUCCCCUGACGACAUAGACACUCAAUCAAGGAAAUAAACAAUAACGACGCAAACGACCCGCGACCAACAAAUUUGUAAUUUGAAACGCAUGUGUAUGUUCAGGCUCGACCAAACAAACUGACAUACCUCUAGUCUGUUUCUGUGGCUGGCAGGUGUAUUCCUUCUCUCCAUCAGCAGCUUUGUAAAAUAACUAACAAGAUGACCAAUACUACAGAUAUCACAAUACCGCUAACGGAGAAUGUAACAAUUCCAAUGAAUUCUUCCAUAAUUACAACGACGUUCGGAGAUACCUCGCCAAUGUGGGUAACAAACGAUCCUUUGACAACGGAAAGUUAUGUUUCAACUGUUAUGGACUUUACCAUGACUACUUGGAAUACAACAAUGUGGACCAACGCGACCACCGCGGGACCGAUGCCAGACCCAAGUAAAUGCCUUCAUUUCGUCCCUGAUGCUGUACUAAAUAUCGUCAACGAUAAGGUCCUCAACGAUGUUCUGAUCCCAUCCUUAAUCCUGACAAUUAUGAUGUUUGUGAUCGGUGUCCCUGGGAAUCUUAUCGUUUUCUAUGUAUACUGGAGAAGGUGGCGCAAAACAACAUCACGUCUGUUCAUCAUGGCGUUGGCUGCGUUUGACCUUUGUAACUGUGUUUCAAUGGCAUUUGAAAUUGAUAUAAUAUUGAACGUCGUACAAUAUGAUCAUCCAUCCCGUUGCAAAUUUGCCCGGAUGUUCACGUUUCUGAUGAACAAUGCUUCUUCCUUCACUUUGCUGGUUAUUGCGAUUGAUAGAUUUAUGAGGAUUUGCCGUCCUCUGAAGCCGGCAAUGAUCAACGUACAGGCCAAAGUAGCCAUCGCUGUUGCCGUCGUUAUGGCGGUAGUCUUUGCCUUCCCGGCAGCAGUGUUGUAUGGGACUCAAACGCGAAUCAUGAAAACGGCAUUCCCAAACGUUUGUAUCAAGAUGCAUCUUUGUCUAAUAGAGGACAGUUAUACCACCUCAAAACUACCACUGAUAUUCACAAGUGUUUUACUGGCUGGGAAUCUGGCUAUUGACGUUGUUCUCAUCAUCUGCUAUAUUUGUAUAGCUUACCAAGUCAUCCAAAGAGGUCAGUUCAAUGACGGAUGUUUGUCGAAAAGUCGUCAACCUAGUAUUUCGUCUACCGCCACUGACCAUGAUGUUUUAGAGCCAGAUGCUAUUUAUAAACCUACGCCAAUCGUCCUUGCUAGACAGGGGUCUCUUGCAUCUUCGGAAGUCAAUGGCGGGGAUGGAACUGAACCAGCCAAAGCGGACGGAAGUAAACUAGCAAGGAAUAUCAACGGAAGCACGUCACGUUCUGUCGGAGGGGGAAGUAUCAAUUCCAAACCGUCGGCGUCAUUCAAAAGAUCCCAGUUCAAAAAGCAGCGAUCGAUGUCGACUCAGAGCAUUGAAAGUAGACGAGCGCAGAUGUACAAGACGACACUGAUGCUUUUCCUCGUAACUCUCCUCUUCAUGGUCUCUUUCAUCCCUUAUUGUGUGAUAGUCAUAAUUCGAUAUAUCCAGCCCAACUAUUACGACACAUUGACCACAUCCGGUCAAGCUAUCUUCCAGUUCUUCCUCAGGAUGUAUUUGCUCAGUUGCGCGUUGAAUCCUGUCAUUUACAGCUUCAUGAGUGAACAAUUCAGAAAGGAAUGCGUAAUGUUGUUCAGGAGAAGUGGAAUCUGCAAGAAGAAACAUACAUUUAGCCGUUGAAUGAAGUAAUUUAAACUUCUAUACCCGUGUAACUAUUUGGAGCUAUGUUAACGUUGGCAUGGCAUCGGGAUUUGCUCGACAUAAUGAACUGUGUGUCUUUGGUGCCAGCACUUUAUCUGAUGUACAGACAUGUUACUGAUCGUGUUUGCUUUAAUUUUUAAUGACGAUAAUUCCCAUUGUUGUACAGGUUGAAAAUGUAUCUACUGUUUUGUUUGCUAUGUUGUUUAGUUCUGAUUUAUUUAUAUAGCCUUGAUAUACGUUGUUUUCUUCCUUAAUUCAAAUCUUCGCGCUUUGACCAAUCAGUUUUAAACUAUAAAAUAAAUUAUACUUUUCUGUUUCAAUGUAAUUUCCUACGUAUAAUGUAUACGUUUUUACGAAAAUAUAAAACAACCUGUCAAGUUUCAUUGUCUGGACAGUACUAAUAUCAUAUGCGUUUCUGUGAAACAUUAGCGGAAAAGUGACACUAGUGAAUUUCAGUGCCUUCGUAUGGAUGUACACAUGCGAUUCUACUAAUUAUAAAUCAUCAUUUUAAAAUUAUAUUCUGGUUGAAGAGAGAUAUAUUUAAUUAAACAACGCUUGGCUAUCAACGACUCUGUCUCCAAUGAAAUUUCACAAGUCACCCCAAUAACCGCUGGAAUAAACUCUUGAGAAUACUAUGAAUGUACCUGAUGAACAUAAGCAUACUUUUUGUUUUGAAUUGUUAUAACAAAUGUAUUGGAAUACUAAUCAGCCUUUAUGGAAUUGUUUGUCUUUGGUAUAGCUAAUAAUAUGUUUUUUAUGUAAAUAGUUAUAUACUGUAUAGUUUGCAAUAUUUGUGAGGGAUUUAAUUUCGCUAUAUUCGUUGCUAUUAUAUAUACCUUGAACAUAAGAAUCAAGCCAAUUGUGUUUAGUGUAGAAUGAUUACACAGCGACUGUACCGGAAGUUUAAAAUUCAGGAAGUAUUUCGGAAUUUGAUGACCGGAAAUUUGGUCCGUGAAAUAACAACUUAACUGUAUUUUUGUUGAGUAAUGUUAAUGAUCUUACUUUGUCUUCCUCAUUGUUGAGAUACAGUUUUAAUACAUGAGUUACCAGUUCACACCAGUUCUAUUAUACCACUUCAGUUAGAAGUAAUAUCUUCCCAAACCUCAUCGUCGGAUAUCAACGGUUGAUGGUACUACGCUACGCUUAUCACCAGUACGUCAAUAAUAAAAUAAAAAACCAUGGAGACUUUUUAAUUGGCUCCCUCAAAUUUUUCUGUUGGAAUUUCAGCCAACUCAGACUGAAGGUGACAUAUGCUUUGUAGAAGCUGCAUAUCGAAAAAAAAACAGUGGUGGCGAGUGAUUUCGAGAACGUGUUGUUCAAUUACGAUACUGUGUUUAGCUUAUCGACCUCUACGACUUCCUACCAACUAUUUGUUUAUCACAGAAUCUGAACGCCUUGAUCGGCUCAGCCAUAUUGUUACCUGCAUUUUGUUUGGUACUUUUUCUCCUCUAAUCCGACGAGUUCUGAAAGGGUUAGGUUGGUUAUAUUUGUAGAGUGACGUCAUUGGAACCGAGGAUUUUUCACAGAGUUGAUCCACGGGUGAUGAGCAUAGCUUUGUGAAAUCAACCGUGGGUACCGACGAUGCCCAGAUCUUAAGAGUCUAAGAAUGUAAAUACAUAUUAAUCAUAUUAGACCCAUUUAAUACGAUAAAACCACAAUAAUUCUCCAUUAUGCCUGAAAAUGAUGUAUGUAUGUAUUGUAUAAUUUUACUGCUUUUGACUAGCUGAUGCAGCGACACAGUAAUGUCUAAGAGAAAAGAGUGUAUAGUUGAAUAAGGAUUAACUUGAAUAUGCUAUUUAUCUUAUGAAGUGUUGUAUCAUUAUAAACUGCUUGGCGGUUUAUUUCAAGUAGACACCGUCUUUUGUGUUAUACCUCCAUAACAUUUAAAAUAUAUAUUGAAGUUAAUCCUUAAGUGAACGAGGCCCAUGAAAACCACUUAUACCACGUGUAGAUUCUACUAUAUUUUACUAUUAGGACAUAAUGUUUAUUCGCGGGAAAAUGAUACAUAAAGGAAACACGAUAACUUUAGACUGUAUCCUGUUUGAGCGGAAAACAGGCGGAUGUAUUUUUGAAUCAGACGCCUUGUUCUAUGUAUCCCGUUCAUUACCAUCAAAAGAACAGUGUGUUUUCAACACGAAUAUUAAAUUGUAAACAUAAUUUAAUGUUAAAAUAUUAUACCAUUAUCAUAUUCAGUUGGAUUAGUUAACUCAGUGACUAACAAUUAGUAAUUCUGGCUUCCAAAAUUUCUAGAGUCCGAAAUUAUUAUUACCGUCAUGUUGCUAUUUUUAUGUUUGCCAUGUUUUCUGUAGAUUCUGAUUUUUUGAGGGUAUUGUUGUGUAUAUGUGUUAUCUUAUGAUUUUCAAUUUCAUAUCAGAUUAUGGUUGCAUGAUGAAGUAGAAAUAGAAAGGGCCAAGAUGGUGACUUGAAAAGUGGAAAGAGUCGUUUUUUCCCUCGCCAAUGGCAAGCAGCCGGAAAUUUGGAAUUAGAUAUUGUACCUAAUCUAGCUUAAAAAAAAUCAAUAUGAUUCACUCUAUACCAGCACUAAGAUGUGCUUGAAAAUUAAAAAAAAAAAUCCCAGGCUAAUUGUUUUUAAAGUCAGUAAGUUUAUAUCUAUGUCAGUGUUUGGUGAUAGACCCUUACUGAUAUGAUAUUGAAAUUAGCAGUUCCUGCCCACUUUUUUCUUCGCUUUGUUUUCCUAUUCCAGUGUAUCAAUAACAUACAUCCAAAUAUAAACAUGGAUGUUACGAUGCGUUUAAUAUCUUUCAAAAAGCAAGGGUCAUAUAAGGGCGGUGUCCAGGUGAUAACAGGCAAGGUAAUAUGAAGAAAGUUAUCGAAGGGAACACUAUCCUACCAAAUUGAAUUUAGUUUAGGCAUUGUUUGAUAUCUAUUAUGCAUACAUAACCACAGUAGAUUAUGCAGAGAUAUAUAAUGAAAGCAACUUGGGUAUACAGUACAACUGAAGAAUGGAAAAUAAUAUUGUGCAUACUGUGUGAAUAAAAUGUUUUUUUUUAAUAUUU